UCCAGCCUGAGGAAUGAAGCAGGAGGUAGUUCUUCCUUCUAGAACAGCUCUUUGAAAGACAUUCCUAGAGGCAGAUUUUUCUCUCUGAAUGUGCAAGAGCUCUUGCUGUAAUGAUCCUUGCCCUGCUUGAACACCAACUUGUCCUUGGGUCCCCUCUCAUCUCAGGCACUAGCACUUAGCAAGUGUAUGAGUUUUUAAAUUUUUUUAGUUUUAUUACUCAGCUUUUGUUAAAUUGUUGAGUGCCACAGACAUAUAGUUCCCAUCCUUUCCAGUGCUCAUCUUUUAGCCACUACACCUUCAAUAUGCUCUCUGCAUCCCAAGCCACAGGUAGAAGUUCAAGGACAUCCUUCAGGUUUGCUGCUUUUCAAAAUUCGUAAUAAAAGAGAUGUCGCUCUUGCCUGGCACAAUUCCAGCUAAGCUUCUUGCUGAGCUUUACAACUUGCAAUUAAUCCCAAGAAAUGCUUUGAAGGACAGUAUUUCCAUGCCCCAUGAUGCCUAGGGGAACUGGUGAAGGGGUUUAAGGCUGACAUUUUUGCUUUCUAAAUUUGGAGGUUUCUACAUAAAGAUGAGAGAACAUGAUGGGGGGAGGUGGGCCAGCCCCUGCAGUUCAGGCUGGGGCAGGAUGACACGAUUGCUUUGAUGCCCUGAUGCAAAGAGUUGCUCAAGCUGUGGGCAGGUGGUUCCCAAGCAAGACCCACCCUUUAUCAAAUACCUGCAGUUCCCUGGGCGUGACUGAUGCUGUGCAGGGCAGAAGUCAGAGUACAGUCAUGGCAUGUCCUGGCUUCUCAUUUGCCACCUCAGCCUUCUCAAAAACCCACUGUGCAGCAAAAAUGCUGCUGGCAGGAGUGUGGGCAAGUCAAAAGUCACAGCACUUGUGCCAGGUUUCCCUCUGUGGGAAGAGGGAUCUGUGCCACCAAACAGCUUCCUUAGCUUUUCUCUCCCCACUCCCUUCUCCCUGUGCACCCCAACUCCUCUGCCCUUGUGCUCUUAGAUACCACUGAAGCCGUGUUCGACUUCAUCCAGAGGAGCCGCAGGAUGAUCGUGGUCCUGAGUCCCGAUUACUUGACAGAGAAGAGCAUCAGCCUCCUGGAGUUCAAGCUGGGCAUCAUGUGCCAGAACGCCAUAGCCACCAAGCUGAUCGUGGUGGAGUACAGGCCGCUGCAGUGCACCCACCCCAGCAUCCUGCAGCUGAAGGAAUCCGUCUCCUUCGUCACCUGGAAGGGGGAGAAGUCCAAGCGCUCGGGCUCGCAGUUCUGGAAGGCGCUGCGGCUGGCGCUGCCGCUGCGCAGCCUGAGCGCCAGCGCGGGCUGGAACGAGAGCUGCUCCUCGCAGUCGGACAUCAGCCUGGACGCCGUCCAGAGGAGACGGAGCCGCUUGAAAGGGCAGCCCGACCCACGGGGGGCCACCCCUGUGACUCUCACUCGCGGAGGGACGGCCUCGGCCUCCGAGUCGAGGGCCAAACACCGAGCCAAGCACUUCCUGACGUGCCGGUGUUGCGGGACCCGCUGCCCCGGCAGCAGCAGACACAAGCAGCAGGCUGCGGCCGAGCCCCGGUGGGACAGUCACCUCUGCAGCCCGGGCUCGGGCAGGGCCGGGGCUCAGGGCCCUCAGGGCAGGGCCCGCGCCGAGCCCCCGCCGCCACAGGGCCCCGCUCUGGCGCUCUGCCAUUACAGUGACCUGUCCAACAACAAUGACUUCUACGUGCUCUAACCCACAGGCCGAAGCACUGCUGGUGCUGCGGCACAGAGAGAAACUCACUGCGGCCUCAGGAUAUUUUUACCAUGUCACAGGCUGGCACGGUGCCACUGAGUGUCAGUCCCAUGCCUGCAUGGAGGACUGCAGCAAUGUCACUGCUGGUGACCUGAGCCAGGGACCUGCAGCCAUGCACGGAGCAGCGGCUGGGGGCUUCCUGCCCGGGUGCUUCUCCUGAAUUUAAAUUGCCAAGUGGAGCUGAAAAUGUGUUUCUCUGGCGUUGCUUUUUCCACACCGUGGCUGAGUUUGCAGCAGGGCUGCUGCUGGGGUGGGCUGCAGGAGCACAGGUCCUCAGCUGGGCCCUGGCAGGGAGGGAGCGGGGAGAAGCCAUCCUGCUGGCAGUGACCUCUGGAGAAAGGGCAGCAAGCCUCCUGCAUUUUGCAAAGGCUACAACUUUGCUAAUGAGGGUAAUGGGAGCCCCUGCCACUGCAGUUAUCCACUGUGGUAUAAAAGAACUUGCUCAACAGUUUUAA